CGUCGCUGCCUCUCCCGCCGCCACCUCAGUCCAGCCGACGUUCCCUGGCUAGUCCUCAGCAGUACCAGGCGGCGGUGGCAGCUGCAGCUUUCCUGCAGCAGAGAAAUUCCUAAAACCAUCACCAGUGCUAGGUGUCAGCGUAAAAUAAAAUUAUCCCCAAAGCCAAGUGUAUACAAAGAGGAAAAAUGGAAAGAAACCAGAAAAUGCAGAAAUAAGAGGGGACCCCCACCUUUGGUUAAAACACACUUUCCUCCUAGGCCAGAGAGAACAGGAUCGAAACAGAAUGUAUGACACUUUGAAUAUGCACUCACUGGAAAAUUCCCUUAUUGACAUAAUGAGAGCUGAGCAUGAUCCACUUAAAGGGUGUUUAAAUUACCCACAUCUAGGAACUGACAAUCUUCUAAUGUUAAAUGCAAGGAGUUACGGACGAAAGCGAGGUCAUUUUUCCCGCUUUCCUAUAGAUAAUGGUUUACUAGAUGAUGGUCAUAGUGACCAAGUUGGUGUAUUGAAUUCACCUACCUGUUACCCUGCACAUCAAAAUGGAGAACGGAUAGAACAUUUCUCUCGAAAGGUGUUUGUUGGUGGUCUUCCUCCAGACAUUGAUGAAGAUGAAAUAACUGCCAGCUUCCGAAGAUUUGGACCUCUGGUGGUAGACUGGCCUCACAAAGCAGAAAGCAAAUCCUACUUUCCAUCUAAAGGUUCAGAUCCGCCCCUGGAACUUAAAUGAUAGUGACUUUGUAAUGGAUGGUUCACAGCCUUUGGAUCCUCGAAAAACUAUUUUUGUUGGUGGUGUUCCCAGGCCGUUACAAGCUGGUAAGUGUUAAACCAAAGUGCCACAAUCUUCUGAAGUCACCCUCAUCCUCCCAAACCAAUGUUUGUUUAUUUUUUAACUGGGUCUAUGACUGAGAAGAAAUAAUCACUUUUACAAAUUUCCCCAAAAGUUCAAAGUAAAGUCCAGUGCACAAUUCCAGAGACCCUGAUGAUUGGUUUAUGGUACUGUGGGCAGCUGAGGCUGAUAUAAAGAACAGGGAUACAACCUCUCGCUGUAGAUUUACAUACAUUACAAUAUAUGUUUGAUCAUUGCAGCAGAAUAAUUGAUUGGCUUUUAGCCAAUGUGUAUUAAUGAAGUCAGGAUGACUAGGUAUGAAAGGGACAUUACAAAUGCUGUUUAUUGACUUUUACAAAAACAGGUCUUUUUCUCUAGAAAGUUACUUUUCUAUAUGUGUCAUCUAAUAGUCUUGCUUCCUGUUUUCACUAUCCCUUUAGUCUGUCUUAACAUUCUUUAGUGUCUAAAUGUUUUAUGGUUAAGUCAACACUUUAUUACCCUGGGAAAGAAUUUGGGGAGGGUUGGAGUGUAUCUAUUCUAAUGCAAUUUUCCCAUUUCAGUGCCAUUUAUCCUAACUUAAUUUCAGUCCACCUCCCAAACAAAACAAUGAGAGAACCCUGCAAUCAGACAAAGUCUUUUCAUUGGAAACAAAUAGCAAACCAACCAAAUUCAAAACUACACCCCUCAGUAGGAAGGAUAAGGCAUCCAGUUGCAAGCAAAUAAUGAAAUAUGGGCUCUAACUUUGAGACAACGUUCUUUUUCUCCCUCCCCCAUCAAGUUCCACCUGGGUCUUCAAUAGUAGCAGAGGGAAUCUCAAGCCUACAAUUGGCCUCUCUGAGCAUAGUGGGAGCAAAUUUUGACAGGGGUGUCAAACUCAAUUUCAUUGAGAGCCACAUUAGUAUUAUGGUUGCUCUCAAAGGGCCAGGUGGGUGUGGCUGGUUUAACAUGACUGGCUCAAUGUCACUCACAUUGAGGGGUGCCUGUGGGGGGGGGCUAGGCAAGGCUGGGAGCACGGAUCUGGAGUUCUUCAGCAGAGGAAUAUGAGACCAAGGCAAACGCCAAAGCCUCAUCCACUAAAGGAGCCUCACCCGUAUCCCAGAUGCGAGAUCGAAAGGGGGGGUGGCCAGGCUGCAGACAGGACCUGGCCCAUGGGACAAAAGGCAGGCAGAUGGGAGUGCUGGGCAUUACGAGCUGAGCGUCGGUGGGGGCCAGCUCUGGGUUACCCUCCGCCACUUAGCAGGGCUGGAGAAGGGAACAUGGCACUCACGGAUGGGGAGACAAGAGCACGGAGCUGCACGAGCUGAGCAUCCAGGUCACCCUCUCCACCAUGUGGCAGGGCCAGAGAGAGGAAUGCAGCACUCACAGCAGAUGGGGAGACAGCACAGGGUGAAACGAGACACCUGUGGACAAGGAUGGCUGUGCCCCAUGGAACACCAUGGCUCGAGCAGAGAGGAGGCCAGAUGCAGUAGCAACGAAGGGUGACCAAGGGGGCUGAGAGAGGUGGGGCAAGGCCAGGCACAGCAGGACUAGAAGAACGAGCUUUAGCUGCUGCCACGCAUUGCCAGCUCCUAUGUGCUCGCCGCCUGCAGGGGGAGCUGAGGCAGCAAGGUCCAGCCACAUGCUGUUUCAGGGAAGCCCUGUGGGCCAGAUCUAACCACGUCAUGGACCAGAUCUGGCCCACAGGCCUUGUGUUUGAUAUGUAUGAUCUAAAGCAUGCAUAAUGAAAACUCUUUCAGCCCACAUUCCCAUUCCAUCUAGACCACAGGUAUCAAACUCGCCACAUCACAUGAUGUGUUGUGACAUUGCAACUUUUUUUGUUUUGCCAGAGCUGGGGUGGGUGUGGCCUCCGCAUGAUGCAACCGGCUUAUAGGCCGGUAGUUUGACACCCCUGAUCUAGACAAUAGUCUGUGGAGGUAGGCCAGGAACAGGUUCUAGUA